UGGCAAACUCCACCUUCACCCGACCACAUCGUGCUUCACUGAUAUCCCUCUCAGUCGAAGCUGAGGCCUCGUCUAGCAUGCCGCGAUACCCCACAGCAGAACUCACAGUGCCGUUUGACAGGCCGCUCCAUGUUCGAUCGCUGCCUUGACCGUUCUGCGUCCAACAUCUGAUACCUCACACUACUCUACACCACAACCCGUUUUCUUCAGGACGGCGACAUGAACACUCGACCGGUCUUAGGCUCGGACAAGGGCCCUUUCGCCCUCUCUGCCUCCUUCAACGCAGACAAUUCCUGCUUCUCGGUAGGACUGGAAUCAGGCUUUCGCGUAUUCUCGUCCAGAACUGGCGACCAGAAAACUGCGCGGGAGGUCGGCGGCGGCAUCGGCUGCGCAGAAAUGCUCGGCACCACGCGCUACAUCGCCUUCGUCGGAGGAGGGAAGCAGCCCAAGUUCCCGCAGAACAAGGUGCAAAUCUGGAACGACGCAACGCAGCAAAUCUCCACCUCGCUCGAGUUCAAAACCCCCGUCCAGCGCGUCCGCAUAUCACAAACGCAUUUGAUUGUCGUCCUGCUUAACAAAGUCGGCAUCUACCGCAUGAAAAUGCCACCGGAGAAAGUCGCAGACUACGAGACCGUCAACAAUCCCUUCGGCCUAUGCGAGCUAGGGAAGAACAUCAUAGCCUUCCCCGGCCGCGCAGUCGGGCAGGUCAAACUCUUCGAUCUAACCACACACAACGUGAGUAUAAUCCCCGCUCACGAGUCUCCCCUGCGCGCCCUCGCACUCUCCGCCGAUGACACAGCCGUCGCCACCGCCAGCGAAGCCGGCACCCUAAUCCGGCUCUGGAGCUUCCCAUCGUGCACCAAACUCUCCGAACUGCGUCGGGGCGUCGAUUCCGCCAUCAUCCUGUCACUCGCCUUCAGCCCCUCAGGCACCACGCUGUCCGUGACAAGCGACAAAUCCACACUGCACAUCUUCGACCUACCCUCCCCGUCUCAACAAUCGCACACCACACGGGCGGCCGCAGACGACCACAAAUGGAAACUCCUCUCCAAACUGCCCCUGCUCCCACGCCAGUUCAGCGACACAUACUCGAACUGCAGCGCGAAAUUCGAAAUGGGCAACGAGCCCGCAAGUUUCGGGCCCGCGGCCCGCUCAGCCACGCUGCAGGCUGGGAUACCAGGAGUACCAGGGGGAAGACCGACGAAGGGGUUGCUCGGGUGGUUGGAUGACUCGACGGUGCUGGUGCUGGGGGCGGGGCAGGAUGCGCGGUGGGAGAAGUUUGUUGUGGGGUUUGAUGAGGCGGGGAAGAGGGCGGUGUGGAGGGAGGGGUGGAGACGGUAUCUUGACUAGAAGCCAGAGUCUCCGUUUGUUAUGAUAGAGUAUGACGGUUGGUUGCUGUGUUAGUGCGUAUUUGCAUUUCUGUAGGUCUGUAGGCGUCGGAAGAGAUCUGCUGGCGUUGAGAUACCCAAACAUGGCGUUUGGUACAUUUGUAUACAUAGUCGAAGUCACCAUCACAGAGGAUGCAGCAUGUGCCGUUUAAGGAGAUGAGAUGAAGAGCAAUCUAUGCUUCUAGGGUAUGCAUAUCCUUCGUCCCAAUCCAGUUGUACAAAUAGAC